UGUCUGACUUCCUUUCCCUGCCUCACCCUCUUAGCUAAUAUUUGGAUAGUGCUCUAAGGUUCGCCUGGGGCUUCUGGCCAGCUUCCUCGUGUGUUCAUGGUGCCCUGAGGACGUAUGGAAGUCACAGAGAGGUAGAUUUUGACUCGAUGGAAACACACUUCCUGGCUAGAGCUGUCCCUAAGGGGACUGGCUUGUCUUGGUAGGUAGUGAGUUCCCUGCCACUGGAGAUCUCCAAACUGGCACAAGAGAGGGGACCCUUGUGCUAGAACAGUUUGGAUUAGAUGCCUCUUAGGUCAUUUGCAGCAAACAACCACCAUUUAUUAAAUGCUUCCUUUGCAUCAGGAACUGUUCCAAGUGCUGGAGAUAGAAAUGCACUUCCUUUCUAAGGGGAAUGGGGGACACCAGAGAAGGUUCAUGCCCCAUGACCCUCAGAUGACCCAAUGUCCGAGCUGGAAGAGUCUUAGAGAGACCAUCUCGUAGGCCACAGAGGUCGAGUUCACGUGGUCACUCAGGGCUGGCCUCCACCUCUCUUGGGAUGGCCCCACAACCACCGCCCUCCUGGCCUCACCUUCACCGGUCUCUACAGGCAGAGUCCAGGAGGAAGCAGACAGAGUGAUUGGCCGGAGCCGGAGGCUGACCGUGAAGGACUAGGCCCUCAUGCCGUUCACCAACGCCGUGAUACACGAAGUCCAGCGCUUCUCGGAUAUCAUUCCCCUGGGCAUCCCACACACGACAAGCCAGGACACGGAAAUCCAAGGCUUCUUCAUCCCGAAGGGCACCACCCUGAUUGCCAACCUGAGCUCAGUGCUGAAGGAUGAGGCCAGCUGGGAGCAGGCUUACCGCUUCCGCCCCAAGCACUUCCUGGAUGCGGAAGGCCACUUUGUGAAGCCCGAAGCCUUCAUCCCUUUCUCAGCAGGUACGGGCAGGGCAGGAGGUGGGGGAGGGUCACCUUUGGGGAUCAGA